AAAGAUGUAAAGGAGAAGCCAAGUUGGGCGAGCGUAGAGUGAAAAGAAAUCAUUAGUCUCAGAAAUUAAGUAAGGUUUAGGUCGAAAGAAAUCAUUUCAAAAUUUUCCCAUCAAAGAGGUCGAAAUAACGACGUAGGAGUUUAGGGUUAGUAUAGCACAAGGACCAAGACAAUCGACGAAAUUGAAAAGGUCAAAGCUGUAAACAAAGGACAGCCAUCUUUGUUUUCGAUAUCAACGGAGGAAUUAUUCCCAAACUUCGGGGGUCCAACUAUUCUGGUUUGAAUUUGUCAGCCACAGAAUGACUUGGUCAGGAACAAUGAAGCCAAGGGACGUUGGAAAGAGGCAAAACAGAAGGCAGCGUUACAACAGUAACAGUUCGAGGGGUUCUCCAUCCCCUAAGCUCAUCGAGGAUAGGAGCAGUCCCAUUGAAAGCAGUGCAAUUCCUACACACGCACGGCCAGUGUUUCAGUCCGAAAGGGUUUCUCCCCCACCAAGAUAUGUCGACUCAUCGUCCAACUCUUCGAGUCGGUCACCAUCGCCAGGUGACAGUGCAUAUGCUGGAGCCAAAUUUAGUGACCCACCAUCACCCGAGUUCCUGCCAAAACCCCCAUCACAUUGGAUGAGCUUUGGUUCAUUUAUCAGACAAGAAUCUUCAGGAGGUGGAUCAGAUGUGUCGAGCCAAUUGAAAAUGUUACUGAAAGUUGCUGCACAGCAAGUAUAGCCUGACCGGAAAAUUUGAUAAUUAAGAUGUUAGGACAUUGAAUUAAGUCAUUCCAUUUUGAUUUCAUUAACAUUUCUCAUUAUUUCAUUGCUCUUAACAUUGCUCAUGAGUCAGUAUUAACGUUCAUGUCCAUUACAGAUUUCAUGAGUUCUGUUAAUCAUUUUUCAUGUAUCAUGUUCAUAUGCCAUUGUUAACAUUGUUUACCGGAUAAUACUGGAUUACUUUCUAUCUUUUACCACCGUUUUAAAUCUGGAGUUUUAAUUAAAAUGGAAAUCUCUUUUGGGCAUGUCAUGAUGUGAAGCGGUCUACGCUUUAAUAUUAGCACUAUUUAAAUCUAACUUCCUAUUUUACAAUAUCGUUGUAUAAUUUUGGACCAAAAAAUCAAAAACAUUGAAUGGAUAAGGGGGAUAACCACUGAUAAAAUUUUAUUUUCCAUUUUAGUUUUAACUCCCUUAGAUUUUUAUAUUUUAUAUCUACAACCACUUGUCUUACUGGGAUCUUUGGUUGAAAACCAAAUUGCAAUUUUUAUUGUAAAUAUAUUUUAGGGCUGAGCUGUUGUCUAAAUAAGUGUAUUGUUCACUACACAGUUAAGUUAUGUGCAAUAUUGUUUGUACGGAAUCGUCAGAUAUUUGUAUAUACAAAUAUUUUUAUGUUAGAUUUUUACGUAUUUUAAGUCAGAAACUCUGUUUUUAGUAUGGUGCAAAUUUUGCCCUUCGGCAAACUGUAGUUACGUUUCAAAGGGGGUUUGUUUAGAAGGCUACUGAGAAGAAGAUGAAAUCCUUUUAAUAAUAUAUAGGAUGAUGUAUGUGGAUUUUGAUCCAAGCGGCUAUGUUACCUUAUCAUAAGGUGUGCUAUCGAAUUGUGCAUUAUGAUUAUAAUGAAGUUCUAUAAUGGUUAUGGCAAGUGAUCUCAACUACAUAAAUGACUCAGUAUUUCCAUCAGAUUGACCAUUAAGGGUAAUGUGAAUGUUUCAGCUAGUUUUUAUAAAACAUGAAAAUCAUGAAAUGGGGACAAAUGUAGUAGACGAAAAAAAUGUGUUUUUAUUAUUUAGAGUUUAUUUAACUUACUUUAUAUCGAAAGAGAAAAAAAUACAAAAACAUGCGUUUAGAGAUAUAAUAUUUAUAUUCUUGAGAUGUAAUCACAAUAUUUUGAGUUCUUGAUUACUCAGGACCCUAAUAUUGUUUCAAAAA